UAUUUUAAACUUUAAGGUAAUCUAAAAAACAACAUCUGGCGGGAAAAAAGCGUAAUCGGCUGCACUGGUCACAACAAUUGGCUGUCAAACAGCUGUGGAGCUCAUGCCGAUACUGUGGGGCUGGUUUAUAAAUACAAUGUGCACGGGGGAGUUGCAGUCAAUUGUGAAAUAUUUGCAUACGAAGGAGGAAGUGUUCACUUGUAGAGUGCCGGAGACUUGUAGAGCUGCAGAAACUUGUAGAGUGCCGCCAGAAGGACCUGACAUUGAAAAAGAAGAAGUGAAAAGAAGCAAUGUCUCUGCCGGGUACCAAAGCCACGACGCCAACAACCUCGCACGCGGUUGUUCAGGCCCUCGAAUCAUAUAUUCAAAAUCAGAAUUUACAAGGAGAUAUCGCCGAAUUGGAUGAAAUGCUAUACGACCUGGUUGAUAUGCACAAGGAGAACGAGUUGGCCUUGAAAAAAGUCCUGCAGUGCAUGUAUAACUUGAUGCAGGCCAACAGCAAGUGGAAUGUCCGAUUCGGCGCAAAGGUGUUUCACAAGCUUGUUUCGGUGGUGAUUUGUGGCAAUAGGGAGGACACAGCUUCCCGGCGGCAACUGGUGGCGAAUCUUCUCGUUUGCGUGCAACUGCACCAGCGAAAGCUUUCCGGCGCUGAUGGAAAGUACCUGCUUGAGCAGCUUUGGUGUCUCAGUUUGAGUCGCGACCGUCAGCCAUAUGUGGCGCAAAUCCUGCUGCAUCUGUUUGACGACUUUCUUGCGAAGCUGGGAAUCGAAUUUUGCCAGAAACUUUUUGACAUCAUACAGAAUCUAUUGCAAUCGGACAUGCGUGAAGACCGCAGGUCUGCCUGCUUUAUCAUGCGAAAGAUUCUAGAGAUUGAUGAAGCGCACGCUGGCGAUGGACAACCAAAGAUACUCGAUCGACUGCAGUGCAGUGAAAGAAAGUGGUCCGCCUAUGUGGACAUUAUGGAGAGCCUAGAAGAGCAGCAGUCCCACCUGGUGCUGCCCACACUGACUACUCUGCUGCCGCGUCUGGCCCUGAAGUCGUCCGACGUGAGCGAUGAUUGGGAGGGUUGGUUGCGCAUCUUGUGCAUCCGUCUCCUGCAGGAUAACAAUAUAUUAGUGUUGAAAUGGACACUCAAAUACUUCCUCACUAAGCUGAGCCUCUUCUGGGUAGUUAGUACCGAUCUGGUCUAUGAGUUUUUGGCGGCCACCAACAGAACGCAGCUCUUCAAUUGGGAGACCAAAGACCGCCUGUCGGAGAAGCAGACAAGGGAGUUUAUGGGAGAUCUGAGCUCUGAAGUAUUAAUGGAGUCACUGGUACAGAUUCCCUGGCACUGUGUCCCAUUGCUUCAUUGGUUGCGGUGCAUACAUCCGGAUCAGGUAUCACCUGUUGCCAAGGAUUUGCUCUUCAAGCUAUGCGCUCGAGUGCGCAUCUUGCAGAAUCCCGCACUGAGAAAGCUAAUAAACGAGCGGGUGAUUUUCCUCUUCCAUGACACAAUCGAGAGCCUGAGCUUGGGCGAUUAUAUGAUGUUUGUGGAGUCGCUAUUUAAUACCAGCGAUAUCUAUAUGGACCACGUUCGCUUGACGGACAAAAUCAGCAAAUGCAAAAACUUUGGGGCCCAUCUGCCGUACUUCAGCAAGCGCUGCUAUGAAAUUGUUUCGCAGCACUGCCCAGAUUGUAAUCUGUUGCAAGCAUUUUUGUGGCAAUUACAAACCGUUCCCAAGGCGCAGCACGGUUGGUGGCGCCUUGUCCCUGUUUUCCUAGACUGCGACUUCUCCGAUUUUCAGGAAGAGUACGCGAGCUACUAUUCCGUGUAUGGUUUUGAUCCACUAUUGAUUAAGCCCGGGGCCAUGAGUCUCACACAGAUGCAGGAGCAUUUGCUCGAGAAGUUCAACUGCGAGUCAAGGGAUGAGAGGUCGUAUGUGCUCGAACAAAGUGUGGAUCUCUUUGUUAGAAUCAACUUUACCAAUUGGCGCCAGAUAGAACAGAUGAACUUAAGACCCCUGGAUCUUUUGGAUAGGGGCAGCCAAGAGACAUUUGCCCUUCUAUGCUGGCUAUUGGCAUGCCAGGGAGAGCGAUUGCCAGACGAUGGCGUCAUAUUGGCAGCUCUGGUAGCCCGUUUGGCCAUCUGCAACAAGGCCAAGGCCAAUUCCUAUGUUCGAUAUAUUCUCAAAUACGCUGUUGCCUACUUGAAGCAAGAAGAAUAUGAGGAAUUCGUUAAGGAUUUGCUGCAGCAGCGGCCGAGCUGUCUCGAAGCAUUCGAGAACUUUACAUUGCCGAUGCCCCUGGUCCUGGGACAAUUGCUUAAUGGAGAGACCACCACAGGAGAUGCACGCAUUGAGGCCGCCCAAGUCUACCGAAUCGCGAAUGUAUUUGAUGAAGAUGCCUUGAGUCGAUCGAGGUUCUUAAGCACCGCAUUCCACCUACGUGACGAGUCUCGCGAUGUGAACGGACUGUUUCAGGAACUGCUGUGGGCCAACAAGGAGCUGUCGGCCAAAAAGCCGCGCUACUUUGAAAACUCCAAGGAGCACAGAACUAAGAUGCGCAUUUGCAAGGCUCUGCUGUUUCUGGGCUCACCCGACCUUGUAAAGUGGUCCGAUCUACUGUGGGAGGCUCUCUUGUGGCCCAAUGACCAACUCAAUAUAAGCUACAUGUUCGAGUGCCUGGUGUCUAAUAUGUUGCCAGGCAUCGAUCCACUAUUGGAUAAGCUAUCGCUGUUCCCUGACCUCACUCCCGGUAAACAUUUGUCGCUCACUAGCGUGGUGCAUCUGUACUGCAUGGCCAAUUGGGAAUCCCUAAAGCCAGAAGAGUUGGAUGCCAUUUUUACGACACUCUUACCGCUCACCAUGGGCGCCCACUUUCAAACCCGUGUGCUUGCCCAACUGGUUCUGCACAAGCUGGCGGUAAAGUGCGAGCAAACCGGCAUUCAUAAGCCCAUAGCUGUUGCCCUGAAGAUUUCGAUAGAAACUACGUUGGGCGGCAAGUUCGAAGAACUGGGAAAGGAACCACGUCUCAUGCUAUCUCUUCUAAUGAGGAGCCAGAAAUUAAAUCCCUGUUUUGCGGCAGAAGCCAUCCUUUAUAUGACAGAUGCACCGUUCGAUGAAUGCAUAAGACCUUCAGUGCCAGCUGGAACUUCAAUGCUUGAGGACGCGAUUAGAGCCAUUCGUUCGUUCUUUAAAACGAAGAAAGCUGGAUCAUUGGCUGAGCCGACAUCGCUGGAAGGUUCCAUCAACGGCAACGUACAGAGAAAAAUGAAUCCUAUUGGCGAUAUAUAUCCCAACACUGAUUUGGUCACAACGUGUGCUGUAGACACAAACAAGCAACUGGUUGUAGUGGCUUCCCUGAUCGACAAGCUGCCCAAUCUGGGCGGUCUGGCGCGUACCUGUGAGGUCUUGGGUGUUCAAACAUUGGCUUUGGGCAACAAGGCCCAAACGGGAAAGAGCGACUUCACCAACUUAAGCAUGACUGCUGAGAAGACCCUGAACAUUAUCGAGUUGAAGCCCAGUUGCAUUGCUGCAUUUCUGAUGGAAAAACAAAUGGAGGGCUUUAGAGUGGUCGGGGCCGAGCAGACCGCUCACAGCGUUAGCUUUGCCAACUUUAAGUUCCCCAAAAAGUGUGUCCUACUGUUGGGGCACGAAAAGCAUGGGAUACCAGCGGAUCUAAUUGGAUUCCUGGACUAUGCCGUGGAAAUACCCCAAUUCGGAGUGGUGCGCUCUCUCAAUGUCCAUGUCACAGGGUCACUAUUUAUUUGGGAAUAUUGCAAGCAGCAUUUUUUCUAAAGAAUAGAAAUGUCUAGUUAAUGUCUCAAGAUACAUUUUUUUUUGUAGUGCCCGUUGCAACUUUGCCCGUUGGCAAGUUAGCCUCAUAUGAGCAUUUAUAAUGCCAAUAUAUUAUCAUAAAUAUUCCAGUAGUAGUAGUAGAUUCGAUUAGCCGCUUGAACAGAGUUAUUAAUGGUUUACAAAUCGGUAAAAUUGAAAAUGUAGAAGCAUAACCCGCUCGCAUCCGUCCGUUUCGGUCACUGAACGAUUUCAAAUUACGAAUUUAAACAAUAUUCUUGAAGGCGAAUACGCACGUCCCGCUUGCUAGACAAAUAAUGUCUUAUCCACUGCUUUUUUGCCGUUGCAAAUAAUAUUUAUACACACUCACAAAAUGUCCAGUGUUGAAUUUAUGCAGGCUCUUCCGCUUUGGCUCUGCUUGGACCCGUGCAUUUGCACAAUUGGCUAACAUAUUACACAUAUAUCCUUACUUGUUCUCGUUCCAAAGUUAAAUAAAUAAUUAAAAUAAAUGAAAA